UCUGAGCUAACAGGAAACAUCCAUGUUAGUGAACUUCGGGAACAUAAACACAACGUCGUUUAUCCGUCAGCGUCUCUUUCGCGUUCAGCGACAGUCGCUGAAAGCAUCAAGUGUUUUUGGAGGAUAAAACCCUUGAAGUCGUCAGCGAGAGGCGGAAAGUCAAACAUGUCCGCCGAGCAGCGGAUGUUUCUGUCGCCCUCCUCUCCGUUCUCUCCGGCAGCGGUGGAGGGUCUCGGCGGUGUGGACCCUCCGAGCGGCCCGCUGGCAGAGAUGGACACCCUGAGGAUGUUCGUCACCGAGCGGCUGGCGGCGGCGGUGGACGACAUCCUGGGAGUGUUCGUGAAAACUGUGUCCCGGUACCGGGAGCAGAUAGACCGUCAGCGGCGGCAGCUGGACACCCUGAGGUCCGAGGAGGGCAAGUGGAGCCAGACAGCAGACCCUCUGCAGGCUUCCUCCUGGAUAAAAAAGUGUCCUGAUGACCAGAUCCAGCCGGACCACACCGACAGCACGGAUGAGACAGACGGCGGGGCCUCGGCUGCUCCGAUUAAAAUAGAAGUUGGCGGCUGUGGAGCGUCAGAAGCAAACUUUGAUCCAGCUGGCGGUUCAGAAGGAGCAAGUGAUGGCCGACUCCUCGCUGAAUGCUCCGAGACUGAAGACAGCGGAGACUACUGGAGAGAGGCUGCAGGACUUUGGAAACCAGAGGAGAUGGAAGAAGCAGAAGGACGAAGUUCCUCCCCGAGCACGAAGGUGAGGAGCUCGACUGAUCUGUCACAUCAGCUUCCGCCGGUCUUUAGUUGUAAAGUUUGCGGUGAGUCUUUCCAGCGAAUUAGUUAUCUCCUCACUCACGCUUCAGCACAUUUGAGUGACUGCGGCCUGUGCGGGAAACAUCUGGAGCAUCCCGAGAACCUGAAGCUCCACCUCAGAGUUCACAGAGAGGCGUCGUUCCGCUGCGGCGUCUGCGGUCAGAGCUUCACGCUGCGAGGGAACCUGAGGACGCACAUGAGGAUCCACUCGGGCGAGCGGCCGUACGGCUGCACCGUCUGCGGGAAGAGCUUCGGCAGGAGGGCGACGCUGGUGCGGCACAUCCGCAGCCACACGGGCGAGAAGCCGUUCAUCUGCACGUACUGCGGCCGCGGCUUCGUGGAGAAGGGCAACCUGACGGUGCACCUGCGGACGCACACCGGCGAGAGGCCCUACUGGUGCUCCAUCUGCGACCGGCGCUUCAGUCAGCUGUCCUGCUUCUACAAACACCCCUGUCAGAGGAGAGGCCUGACCACUGACUGCCCGACAAGGUGACGGAGAUCCUGCAGCAUUUCAAAAUAGACUUUUUUCAUGGGCGACAGGGUUGAAUCCAGCCUCCAGUAAGAAUCUUACAGCAUCAGAAUCGUUUCAGAGGCACCACAGAGCUGUGAGUGACGGCUGCAGCCUCUCAAAGUGUUUUUCUCCAUUCUGUAUUCCAGUUUCAGUCUUAGACUGUUCUUAACGACUCGUUUCGCUGAUGAUUUCAAGACGUUUAAAUUUAAAUUGUCAACUGAUCACAUCUGUCAGUAUUUCUAAUUAACAUGUUGAAGCUGAGCAGGAUGCUGAAGAGCUCACAGGGAAUAUUUAAAGCUUUAAGAAUGGUAAACUUUUGCUUCAUGACCUUUUACUUUUGAGGGGAAAAUGUUAAACCAAAGUGAGUGAAUGCUCUUAUAUUAUAUAUUAUAUGUUAUUAUAUUAUAAGUUGCUGCCACCAGUGACAUUUCGGCUAAUCUUCAGUCAAUAAAAACAACAGUGAAGAAGCACUUUGGUCGUAACUUUUUAAAGCUUUUUUAGUUUUGAUAGUCACAGAAAGUAUUGCUCUGACCUUUAAUAUGUUGAGAGGAUUUUGUCUCUGGGUUUAGACCUGGUCCUGGCACAAAGACGCAAUAAAGACUGAUGAUAAUUAGAUUUAGUCCACCCAGCCUGACAAAUCGAAACUCAGCUUCAAUAUCAAGACGUCUGACAGUAACCUGGCAGUGAUUUUUUUAUUCUAAUCUGGCCACACACUUAAAGUCUUCUCACACAUCCUGAAUCUAGAUUUGGAGCCAGGGUAAACGUGCAGCUGCUGUUUUGUCACCUAAAAAUUAAUUCCUGCUCAUGCAAUCCACUUUGGUGCCUCUGUAGUUAAAAAUAAAGCCACAUUAACUAACACUUAACUGGCCUGU